AUGUUCUUGUUUCUGAAAGAGCUUGUAGCCUAUCCUGUGUCCCCCGUCGCCGGAGGGUGCCUCUUGGCGCUCCUCGUAUACAUCAUUUAUCAACGUUUCCUGCACCCGUUGGCCAAGUAUCCCGGCCCCUUCCUGGCAUCUCUCACGGAUCUGUGGCAGGUCCAUCAGUUCAUGACUCUGAAGCAACCGUACCAUCUGACCGAACUACAUGAGAAAUACGGCCCGAUUGUUCGCUAUGGCCCUGACAAACUCAGCAUAACCGACGAAAGCUCAAUCCCGCUCAUUUACCAAAAAGGAUCGAGGAUGAUGCCCAAGACCGAGUUCUAUGAUGCGUACGGCGCGGCGCAUCCCAACGUGUUCGGUAUGAGAGACGAGGACUUGCACUCAAUUCGAAGGCGUCAUAUGUCUCACAGCUUUUCCAUCUCCUACGUCAAAGAAAUGGAGCAAUAUCUUGAUCUCAAUAUCAAAAUACUCAAGGACAAACUCCGAGCGUAUGCGGCUAAACACGAAGUGUUUGACCUGAAAAAGGCCUUGCAUUACUACGUGAUCGAUACGCUUGGAGAACUGGCCUUUAGCCAGUCCUUCGGGGUGCAGCUUGCUGACGAUGAGUCGCUGGUACCCCCAGUUAUAGAGCAUAGUCUGCUAGCCGCCGUUACUGGUUCCUGGCCCUUGAUGACGGAGAGGCUGAAAAGAUGGCUCCCUCUGGUCCCUCAUCAAGGCUUGCAGAAACUAUUCAAGGGCCGCCAGGCAUGCGCAGAUUUAGCCUCACGAUGCGUUCAGCGAAGACUCGAAAUAAUGCAAAACGCGGAGAAGGACGGGAUCGCUGCUACGGAGAGGAAAGAUAUUUUAACCAAUCUUAUCCUGGCGAAACAUCCUGAUACUGGCGAGAGGCUGACCAAAACUGACCUGGAGACUGAAGCAUUUGGAUUCAUCAUUGCGGGAACCCAUACGACAGGAGCAACUGCAGCGUUGCUUUUCUACCACCUCCUUCACGCCCCCGAAAUAAUGGCGAAAUGUGUGGCUGAGAUCGAUGCCAACCUCCCUCCCCUGGAACCUGAUCAACCGGCCUACCCUGUCAGUCUCGUCGAGGCGUCGUUGCCUUACUUGCGCGACUGCAUACGAGAGAACUUCCGUAUCACACCUGUUUUUACCAUGCCACUUGCCAGACGCGUUCUAGCGCCAGAGGGAAUCACUGUUGCAGGGAAUCACAUUCCACAAGGGACAUCUGUGGCAGUCUGCAAUCACGCAUUCCACCAUAAUCCCGACGUCUGGGGCCCUGAUCACAACGUCUUCAACCCUUCGCGGUGGAAAGACCCCAAGAUCGCAGAGAAGUCCAAACUGUUGAUGCAUUUCGGCCUAGGAGGACGCCAGUGCAUCGGCAAAAAUGUCGCAACGACCAAUAUCUACAAAUUGAUGAGUACGCUGCUCCGCGAGUUCGAGUUUGAGCUGGCGGACGAGAAAGUGCGACUGGAUGUGAAGAAAGGACUGUAUCGGGGGAAGGUUCCGGCACUCAUGAGCGUGGGCAUUAGUGAUUUGGAAGGGCCUUUGCUAGUGAGAGUUCGGGAAAGAAGCAAAGCUUCGUAG